CCUCCUUGAGUGUUUUGUUUUUGUUUAUCGGGUUCAAGUAGGUUUAUCGCUGAUUAAAUACACCCCAGUAUAAAAUGGGAAGACAUUUGUAAGCCGGACGUCAAGUGAGCAUUAGUUGUUGUUGUUACCUUGUGCCUAACAUGCUAAGGUACGCAUUAGCAGUGGUAGCAGGCCUAUUUUUGGCCUCUACUGUGACAGUAGUCGUAGCUGACAGAAAUCUUGACAUACCUUUUCCAUUCAACUGUUCUACAAAGACACUUUGCUCGGAUUUGAGAAUAAAACUUCCCAACGAAAAUGAAGAAUAUAACGCAGUAUACCUUGGACUGACUGAUGGAGCACUGAACUUCAAUUUGUCGAAUAAAGCCGGCAACGAGUUGAUUUUGUUCCUUGGUGGAAUCGAAAACAACAGGUUCCGUGUCAUUGUUGAAGAACCAGAUCGUCACAGAUACAAAUUGGAACAUUCUCUUGAAAAGGAACCUACAACCACUCCACUAACCGUGGACUCAGUUGAAGAUUCAGCUGUGACAGCUUCAGAUGGUAAUGGAAAUAAAGCGAUUGUCCGUUUAACUCCAUUGAGUAUCGAAUUCUACCAUAAUGACGUAUUGGAAUCCGUUUUUGAGGGCAACAGAAUCAUUUUCCAGAAUACUGAAGAUAACCAAGAUUUCACGUUCUCCGUCAGAUUCGUUGAUGCUGAUCGUCUGUUGGGUCUACACGAGCACGCUGCUGACCUAGCUUUAAAACACACAGUAGAUUUACGUACCGAUCCUUACAGACUUAGAAAUACCGAUUAUGGUACUACAAGAUACGACCUGAACUCAACGGAAUCGAUGUACGGAUCCGUUCCAGUCAUUUAUGGUUUUGGAGCUAACACUUCUGGAAUCUUUGUUCACAAUGCCGCUGAAAUGUUUAUUGAUAUAGAUAACAACAGAAAAUCCGCUUAUUUUAUGGUUAACGGAGGUACUUUGGACGUAUUUUUCUUGUUGGGACCUUCCUUAAAAGAGAGUGUCAGACAAUACAUAGAUUUGACUGGAAAACCCCAUUUGCCUCAAAUCUGGGCUUUGGGUUACCACCAAUGCAGAUGGGCCUACAACACCACCGAAGACGUUAAAGACACCAUCGGCAACUUCGACAAAUACGAAUUUCCACUGGACGUGCUCUGGCUGGACAUCGAAUACACCUCAGAACGUAGAUGGUUCACCUGGAACGCCACCAGCUUCCCCGAUCCCGUCGACCUAUUGAACUGGGUCGAUUCCCAAGGCCACCGUAAACUGGUCCCCAUUUCCGAUCCCCAUAUCAAGAUCGACCUCAACUACUCCAUCUACACCGAUUUGCUGAACAACAGCUACUUCGUCAAUAGUCCGAACGGAUCUGCGUUCGAGUCUGAAUGCUGGCCUGGUGAAACCAGCUGGAUCGAUUAUUUGAACCCCGGUGCAAGGGAUUACUAUGCCAAUUUGCACUUGUACUCUAACUUCCCGUCCACGCCGGCUCUUGGCGGUUUCUGGAACGACAUGAACGAGCCUACUUUGUUUGAUAAUCUGUACGAAAGGUCGUUGCCUUAUGAUACUUUGCAUUAUGGUAACGUUAAACAUAGGGAUGUGCACAAUAUCUAUGGUUUGCUUCAGACUUUGUCAACUCACCAAGGUCUUAUUGCUCGUGACGAGGGAAAACUCAGACCUUUCAUUCUCUCCCGUUCGUACUUCGCUGGAUCCCAAAGGUACGCUAAUAAAUGGAGCGGUGAUAACUGGGGUUACUUCGAAGAUUUGAGAUACAGCGUACCUAUGGCCUUAACCUCCAACUUGGUAGGAGUAGCCUUCUACGGAGCUGAUAUUCCCGGAUUCUUCGGAACCGCCACCGAGGAAUUGCUCAUCAAAUGGUACCAGAUUGGAAUCUGGCUUCCAUUCUUCAGAGCCCACGCUGCUCUUGGCUCGCCCAGACGUGAACCUUUCCGUUUCCCUAACGAGACCCAGGUAAUCCUUCGUGAAACCAUCGGGCUACGUUACAAGCACUUGCCUUACUGGUACACAUUAUUCUACGAACAUACCAGAACUGGAGACCCAAUCGUACGUCCCCUGCUUUACGAAUAUCCUGAGGACAAAACUGGAUACGACCUUACUGAUGAACUUUUGAUUGGUAGCGAUAUUCUGGCUGCUUCUGUAUAUGAAUCCAAUGCUACUUCAGUAUCUGUUUACUUCCCUGGAAAGGACCAAUCUUGGUAUCAAGUUACUGGAGAUUCACCUGUUGUUUUUGAAAGCGGUAACUUUAGCGAUGUCCCAGUUGAUCUAACAUUCACUCCAGUAUUCUACAGAUCCGGAAGUAUCAUAACAAGGAAGCCCAAUGUACAAAGAUCUACUGCAGAUAUUAAGGAUGAUCCUAAUGAGCUUCAUGUUGUACCAGAUAAGAAUGGAAAUGCUACCGGCAGAGUCUACAUUGACGACUUCGAAAGUUUCAACUAUGUAAACGAGAAACAAUACUUAUACGCCAAUCUCGACUAUGAUUCUGCUUCUAAGUCUGUGAAAGUAACCUCUAUUGAUUCAGACAGUGACUCAUCCAACUUUACGCUCAGCGUUCAAACAGUAUACCUAUACAACAAAAAGGACGAUGGUACUUACAGCGUUGACAAAAUUGACCAAACCAAAGACGGAGUUCCUCUGGUAGAUAUUGAUCUUUCAACACAUUCACUCCUUUUGUAAAUGUAUUGAUAAUGCUGUGGUAUAGAUAAGUUUUGAAUAAUAAAAAUUAAAAUAUAUUA